AUGAAAGACAAGGAAAACUGGGUGAACAUGUAUGUUUACAAACAUGCCCAUUUUGGCAAUUGCACGUCGGACCGUGCAGAAAGUGCCCAUGCUUCUCUCAAGCAUUCUCUUGGUACUUCUUUGGGUAAACUGAAGACAGUUACCCUUAAAGUUGCAGAUUGCAAGCAUCAGCUAAUGGUAGAAAGCCUUGGAGAAGGAACAAAAAUUGUGUUCGAUAAAGUCAAUGCCGCCAGACUAAAUGACAUCUGUCUUAAAGUCUGUAGAUUUGCAAUGGAUCAAAUCAAAUUAGAAUUAUCCAAAUCCAUUAUACCCAAAAAACUAGCCAAAGAGUAUAAAUGCCUCAUACAAUACAACUACCUGCUUCCUUGUUACCACACACUUGCCAAAUUCGAUACCAUCCCAAUCUCCUGCAUCUCAAGAUGCUGGAGAAAAAACUAUCUAGAAGGAGAAAUACCCCCAAACAUCAACAAUAUCAAACCAAUAACCCCAAAAUUCAACUAUGCUCUUGAGCUUAUUUGUGAACAUUUCGCCAAUGCUCAGACUAAAGAGCAAAAAGCCAUAAAAAAUAUUAUCAAUCUUGGGUCACCAUGCGAUCCCACAUUACUAACAAAUCUCACAAUUGCACCAAAACAUAUAUCAACAAUCUUUUCUCCUGAAGCAGACGGAAAUUGUGGAUACAGGGCAAUAGCAAUGGAAGUGUACCAGGACCAGGAGGAGUGGUCAAAAGUAAAAGACAAAAUGCUAGAAACAUUUUUAAAGCACCAAAACAACUACUACCACGGAAGAAUGGAGCAUGGCAAUAUGCCUGCAUCCAAUAACCCACUAAUUCGCAGUCUCCAAGACAAGCGCUCACCUCUCCCCCAGCAACAUUGGUUCAGUACAAUCGACCAUUCUCAACUUGUAGCCAAUAUAUUUAGCAGAGCAGUGGCUGUAUAUUGGAAUACUCCAAUUGAAACAGGCGACUGUCUUUUUGUUCCAUUUGCUACCUUGUCAGAAAAAGUGGAACCAAUAAUUAUUAUCUUAGAUAUAAAUCACUUUCUUUUUGCCAAGCGCAAAAACACUUGA